AUGCAAACCAACGAGACGGUUCUGACCGUUCGCCAAUAUUUUAUCGAUUUACAGACUCAGAUCUGUUCGACGCUCGAACAAGCUGAUGGCAAAGCCACCUUCAGCCUUGAGCAGAUUGAAGCGCCAAAUGGCGGUUUAGCGCAGCCGCGCGUCCUGGCGGACGGUGCACAUAUCGAAAAAGCAGCGGUGCAGUUCACGCACUCCCUUGGAGACUCCCUGCCUCCGGCGGCGACAGAGCGCAAUCCACACCUGGCGGGCUCACCUUUCCAGGCCACCGCCAUCUCCAUGAUUGUGCACCCGCAGAAUCCACACGUGCCCACCACCCAUAUGAAUCUGCGAUUUUUCAUCGUCGAUGCUGAUGAACCCGUAUGGUACUUCGGCGGUGGCUACGAUCUGACGCCUUUUUACGGCAACAUCGAUGAUUGUCGACACUGGCACCAGACAGCGGCUGAUGCCUGCGGCGAACACUACACCGCCUUCAAAAAAGAAUGUGAUGAAUACUUCUAUCUUGGCCACCGCCAGGAGUGCCGUGGCAUCGGGGGUAUUUUCUUCGAUGACUGGUCCACCGGUGGCUUUGAUGCCAGCUUCGACCUGGUUAAAAAAAUCGGCGACUCGUUUUUGCCCGCCUAUAUGCCGAUCUUUAACGGCCGGAAAGACACCCCGUUUACCGAGGCGGAACGUGAUUUUCAGCUGUAUCGCCGCGGCCGUUACGCAGAAUUCAAUCUGGCCAUCGACCGAGGCACUAAAUAUGGCCUGCAAAGUGGCCGGCGCAUCGAGUCAGUACUUGCCUCGCUGCCACCCCUGGCGAAAUGGCUUUACAACUAUCAGGACGGCAAAACCGAGGUCGUAGCUAACCUCGGCGGCGGUCCGAACGGCGCGGCUAUGGGCCCCGAUGGAUGCGUUUAUGUCUGCAACAAUGGUGGGUUCGCCUGGCACAAAAGCGAUGGCAAACUUUAUCCGGGUGAAGAGCCACAGGACUACAGCGGUGGCCGCAUUGAGCGGGUCAACCUGCAUACCGGCGAGGUCGACAUCGUAUUUUCUGACUGCCGCGGGCAGCCUCUGCGCGGCCCCAACGACAUUGUUUUCGACCAGACAGGUGGCUUCUGGUUUACCGAUCAUGGGAAAAGUCGCCCACGUGAACGAGAUCGCACGGGCGUCUACUACGCCAAACCAGACGGGUCGUUCAUCGAAGAAGUUAUUUUUCCCAUGGAAGGCCCUAACGGUAUAGGUUUAUCGCCAGAUGAAUCUGAACUUUACAUUGCGGAAACAGUGCCCGGUCGCGUAUGGGCUUUCCCAUUGAGUGGCCCCGGCCAGUUAGCCGAACAAGGCCGAACACGCCGCCUUCUGACAGACCGCCCGGGGUACCAUAUGUAUGACUCCCUGGCAGUGGACAGUACCGGCGGUGUUUGUGUGGCAACCAUCAUAGACGGCGGCAUCACAACCCUGAUGCCGGAUGGCAGUGCACCCUCCUUUACCCCCCUGCCUGACCGGCUCACCACCAACAUAUGUUUUGGCGGAGAAGAUCUAUCCACUGCGUACAUCACCUUGUCGUCAACAGGGCAGCUGAUCAGCAUGCCGUGGCCGACACCCGGCCUUGCCUUGAACUUCCUGAACAAAUGGCCCACAUCGAUACUGCUCACCCACGGCUAUAGUGGCACCCAGAAAAUGUGGGAUCCGCAACUGGAAGCUCUGGCCAGGGAUCACCGGGUCAUCACCUGGGAUGCCAUCGGGCACGGGUGUUCAGACAGUCCUACGGACACUGGACGGUACGCUUACACCGAGGCUCUUGCAGAUAUGGCUGCAAUAUUGGAUGAAGUCGGCGUUGAACAGGCUGUUAUCGGCGGCCUUUCCAUGGGUGGUUACUUAUCGUUGGCCUUUCAUGCCGCACACCCGAUGCGAACCCGUGCGCUGAUUCUUGCGGACACAGGACCCGGCUAUCGAAACGAUGAAGCCCGCGAGCAAUGGAAUAAAAUGGCCAGAGGCCGUGCUAAAUACUUCCGCCUGCGUGGCCUUGACGAACUCGACGCUGAUGACCUCGCUCAUGGGGGUACACACCGUUCUGCGGAAGGACUGGCGCUGGCUGCGGAACAUAUGCUUGUCCAGCACGAUGGUCACGUGAUGGCCUCUCUGCCAGACAUACAUGUGCCUACUUUGAUUGUUGUCGGCGAAAACGACACGCCUUUCAUCCAGCCGAGUCAGUACAUGGCAAACAAGAUCCCCGAGGCUGAGCUGAUCACUAUCCCGGGUGCCGGCCAUGUUGCCAAUAUCGACUGGGCAGGAAUGCGUAGACCAUUUGGACGGGGACGAGAAGAGGAAGGUGAAGAGGCGAUCAACCUCACGCCCAUGCUGGACGUGGUAUUCAUCAUGCUCAUUUUCUUCAUUGUGACUGCAACGUUUGUCAAAGAAGUGGGCCUGGACGUUAACCAGCCUGAUGACGAAAAACCCAAAACCGUAGACCCGGAUAAGAAGAGUAUUGUGGUUCGGAUAACCAACCGUGACCGCAUCAUCAUCGCCCAGCGCGAUGUGGAUCGACGCGCAGUACGAGCAAACAUCGAACGCUUGCAUGCAGAAAACCCGGAAGCGCCGGUGAUCAUUCAACCGCACCCUGACUCAACCACUGAUCUGAUGAUUCAUAUUAUGGACUCAGCCAGGCAGAUGAUUGAUUUACGCAGCGACACCGUCACACAGCCUUGUGCAGGCAUGCGCGCAGCCAUGGCAGACGCAGAGGUUGGAGACGACGUCUACGGUGAAGACCCUACCGUAUCCAAACUUGAACAGACCCUGGCACAGAUGCUGGGUAAAGCCGCAGCGGUGUUUGUCCCCAGCGGCACACAAUCAAACCUGCUGGCGCUGCUGACCCAUUGCGGCCGGGGUGACGAGUACAUAGUUGGCCAGGAGGCCCAUACCUACCGCUUUGAAGGCGGCGGCGCGGCGGCACUCGGCGGCAUUCAGCCACAGCCCCUUGAUUGCGCUGCGGAUGGCACCUUGAACCUUGAUUUGGUGAAAGCCAACAUCAAACCAGACGACUUCCAUUUCGCGAAAACGCAAUUGUUGUGUCUGGAAAAUACAAUCAGUGGUCGUGCCCUGCCCCUUGUCUACCUGAAUGAAGCGCGCCGCUUAUGCGACAGCACUGGCCUGCAGCUGCAUCUCGAUGGCGCGCGUUUUUUUAACGCAGCCGUCGAACAGAAUCUUACACCGCAGGCACUUGCAGCCCCGUUCCACAGUGUCUCGAUCUGCUUAAGUAAAGGCCUGGGCGCCCCGGUGGGAUCCGUGCUUGUUGGUGAACAGGAUUUCAUUCGGCGCGCACGGCGCUGGCGCAAAAUGGUCGGCGGCGGCAUGCGGCAGGCGGGUAUCAUCGCUGCUGGCGGGCUUUAUGCGCUUGAGCACAACAUCAACCGCCUGGCCACAGACCAUCAACAUGCACACAGAAUAGCUGCGGCUUUAAGAGCGAAGUUCGGCGACGUGCAGGUCCGCCACGCGACAAAUAUGGUGCACCUGGAUAUUGAUGCUGAUGUUUACACACGAUUGGCAAAACAUUUUGAGUACUCAGGCAUUCGAGUCGGCCGACCACGCUGGGUUUUUCAUCUGGAUGUUACACCCAGCGACAUUGACCUGAUCGAAGUGCAGCCAGAGCGGCACACGACUGUUUCGCAGAACAGGCUGCGGUUCCAGUCCAACCAUCUUCUGAGCCAGAUGCGCACAAUAGCGUCCACUGGCAAAUUCGAACUGGCGGCGCUCUGCCAUGGUCUGGAUUUCUGCAAGUUCCAGCGCAUCCAAUUCGCUGCGACGAUCCUCAAUUUUAGCCAGGACAAGUGCGGUACCCGCCAGAUCGGUUCGGGUAAAACCACGCUGGCCAUCAAGCUGCAGCAGCUCCUCGACGAACCCUAUCAGCACAUCGCGCUGGAUCAGUUCCGAGACGGUUUGCCCAGCCGCACCCGCGGCCUGAAUGCACCCGAACAUUCAUCCGGUUCGACCGGCCUGAAUGUUGUGCCAAACACCGAUAAUGGCAAUUGGGUGACACACAUCCGCUUUGGCUCCCACGGCGAAAACAUCCUCAAGGCCAUGCGAAGGACCGUUGCCCUGUUCAGUGAGUUGGGGAACAACGUGAUUGUUGAUGACCUGUUAUUCAAGCGCGAGUAUCUCGACGACUACGUUGACGUGCUUGAUCCUACAAAGGUCUGGUUUAUCGGUGUGAAGUGCAAACUGGACGUUGUUGAAGCACGUGAAGCGAGUCGGAUAGGACGUUUUCCCGGCACAGCCGCAGCGCACUUCGAUCAGAUUCAUGGCCACGGCGAAGUAUACGAUCUGGAAUUAGACACCAGUGAAGCCUCACCUAGAGAACUGGCUUUGCAGGUGAUCGAACGACUCAAAACGCCGCCUCAGGCAUUUGCAUUGAUGGCUGCCAAGCGCGUCAUCAAUCUCGACAAGUUGACGUACGCGGGCAACAUUCACUCACUGGGCAACGUGACCUCUUCACCAAAGCAUACGUUCAUCCAGGGCGACAUUUGCGAUAGGCAACUGGUGACAUCCAUUCUGACCGAUCAUAAACCCGACGCGAUCCUGCACCUCGCUGCGGAAUCACACGUUGACCGAUCCAUAGACGGGGCGGCUGAGUUUGUCCGAACUAAUGUGGUGGGCACAUUUGAAUUGCUGGAAGCCGCACGCCAUUACUACGAAAACCUCAACGCCGAGCUACGGGAACACUUUCGUUUUCUGCACGUCUCCACUGACGAAGUGUUUGGCGAUCUGACCAACCCACAAGAACUGUUUACAGAGACCACAAGCUACAAGCCCAGCUCUCCCUACUCAGCCACCAAGGCAAGCUCUGACCACCUGGUUCGCGCCUGGUCUCGCACGUACGGUCUUCCCAUUCUCCUGACCAAUUGUUCAAACAACUAUGGGCCGUAUCAGUUUCCCGAGAAGCUGAUACCGCACAUGGUCUUAAACGCGCUUAAGGGAAAAUCACUUCCAGUCUAUGGAGACGGGUUGCAGAUUCGCGACUGGCUGUAUGUUGACGAUCACGCUCGUGCACUGUGGCGCGUCUUAACUGCUGGCAAGGUUGGUGAAACCUACAAUAUCGGUGGACAUAAUGAAGUGGCCAAUAUCGAUGUGGUUAGAAGUCUGUGCAGUAUUCUCAGCGAAGAAACAGACUCCACAUUUGAUGCGGACAACUUGAUUGAGUUUGUAAAAGACAGACCAGGCCACGAUACCCGUUACGCCAUCGACGCCACAAAAAUCGAAAAAGAACUGGGCUGGCUGCCACAGGAAAGCUUUGACACAGGCCUGAGGAAAACAGUCCAGUGGUACCUGGCAAACAAGCAAUGGUGGGAACAGGUACUGGAUGGUUCGUACCAACUCGAUCGUAUUAUUCUGGCCGGUGGCACAGGGUCUCGACUACACCCGAUAACCUUGGGCGUGUGCAAACAACUGCUACCAAUCUACGACAAACCGAUGAUCUACUAUCCGCUCAGUACGCUUAUGCUGGCGGGAAUCAGAGACAUUCUGAUCAUCUCCACACCAGAAGAUCUGCCUCGUUUUCAGACGAUGCUGGGAGACGGGAAAAGGUGGGGCAUCACAGUGAAUUAUGCAGAACAACCUUCCCCGGAUGGUCUGGCGCAGGCCUUUCUGAUCGGUGAGGCGUUCAUCGGACAGGAUCCAUGUGCUUUAAUUCUGGGAGAUAACCUGUUUUUUGGCAGCGGUUUCGGUGGCCAACUGAAGAGAGCUGCAAACUGCGACGAAGGUGCUACCGUUUUUGCAUACCCCGUCGUCGAUCCUCAAGCGUUUGGUGUGGUCGAAUUCGAUGAGGAUAACAAGGCUAUUUCCAUCGAAGAAAAGCCCACCAAACCCAAAAGCAGAUACGCCGUCACCGGGCUGUAUUUUUACGAUAACCAGGUUGUUGAGAUUGCAAAAACCAUCAAACCCUCGCCCCGCGGCGAACUGGAAAUUACUGAUCUGAACCGGGUCUAUCUCGACAGCAAUACGCUGACCGUUGAAAAAAUGGCUCGGGGCAUGGCUUGGCUGGAUACCGGCACACACGACUCACUGCUUGAAGCAGCACACUUUAUCCAGACGCUGGAGAAACGUUCAGUGUUUGACGUCGCAGUGGACAUCGAUCCAGCAUCAGAGACCUUCGGACAAUGGGUAGUUACCGUUGCUGGAACAUCUGGAAAAAUGAAAAUCUUAGUCAUUGGAGAGUCCGGUCAAUUGGCCCGCGCUUUGCAACACCUGCUACCAGAUGCUCUCUUCUGGGGCCUGGAUCAAAUCAACUGGGACAAUCCGGCAGGCGUCUCCAACAAAUUAACCGAGGCAGCCCCUGACAUUAUUGUUAAUGCCACUGCCUACACCGCCGUAGACCAAGCACAGGUGGAAUCGCAAACGGCUUGGGCUGUUAACGUCGACGGACCUCGAAUCCUUGCGGCCGUUGCUGAAGAUCUCGGUGCCAAGCUGAUACACAUAUCCACGGACUACGUAUUUGAUGGACAGUCAAAAGCCGACUAUGUUGAAUCGGAUCCCACAAACCCGAUCAAUGUCUAUGGCGCAACAAAGUUAGCUGGAGAACUGGCAGUCAGCAGCAUUUGUACAGACUACGUCAUCAUACGAACAAGUUGGGUUUUUAGUGAUAACGGCAACAAUUUUGUCCUCACUAUGUUGCGUCUCGCUGCAGAACGCGAAUCAUUGUCCAUUGUGAACGAUCAAAUCGGUCGUCCGACGUUUGCUGGUGAUCUUGCAGAGGCAAUUGUUAGCCUUCGACCGCCAACUGAUCAAACGCAUUCCAGAUCUUACCGCUAUUCCUACCAAAGACUAUCCAACACCCGCGGCGAGACCCAUGCGGUGCGUGUUAGCACCAUCGAGUGA